GUCGAAGACUUCCGGAAACACUCGGCUCGACUGAAGUUUUCGAGAAAAACAUGCAAAUAUGCAAAAUCCGCAAAAUCUAAUACAAAUAAACUUUGUCCGUGCGGGGAAAUAUGGUGCCCGUGGGUCAGGCCACCAGCAGUAUGUGAACUCGAGAGGUCGCGGGAAUGAAAGGCGACACUCCUCCAGUAGUGCAUGCCCCUACACUAGGAACAGCCCUCCAAGUGAACAAAAGCCCGGAUGCACAAGUUUUGACUAUGGCCAUGGCAGAUCAAUACAGAUUCCACAAUUGCCGAAUCAGGAAGAAGUACCAAAGCCUUUGUCAAAAAAGGAAAUAAAACGUCAGCAUUACCGAAAGACGAUAAACGAUGCAAUAUUAGCGGAGUCACUAAGCGCCCAAAAAGAGCCAAUAAUAGCCAUCGAAAAUCUGUCUUGCCGGGAUCUAGUCAGUGAAGUAGUGAAACGGCUGAUCAGAUUAGGAGGUACAGCGAGUAUAGACCAGCUGAAAGAUUCCGUUUUUUCUGAUAGACUUUUUAAAGAGGUUGAGAAAUUGUCUAACGAUGGUACGUUGGAGGGGUUACUGAAGGAUAACAGGGAGAUGUUUGCUGUGACGCACCUCGGUGGAAAUGUAUGGCAGGAUGGCGAAACAGAGGAACUCGAUACGACUGUCACCUAUAAUUUCAACCUUCAGAUUUGCAAAAUAAAUGGUACGAAACCUGGCUCGUGCAUCAGUCCAUGUUCAGAUUUGCACUUGUGUAAAUUUCAUAUCAUGAGCAAAUGUACGACGCUGGGAUGCAAAUUUGGCCACGGAGAAGAACUUGGGCACAAUGACGAUGUUUUACGCCAUCAUUUUUUAGACAGACUGACUCGCGAAGAAGUAUGUGGUCAACUCCUCAGUUUACAAAAUCGACGCGGUCUCACUGUUCCAGAAGUCUGCACAUUUUACAACGCUAGAGGCUGCAGCAAGAAUCAGGCGUGCACCUUUUUGCACGUGUGUAGAUACUACAUCCUGGAUAGGUGUGAGUUUUCUUCUCGUUGUAAAAGGCCUCACAAUUUAUCGGAUACCCACACACAAUCCGUUUUGAAAUUGUACGGAUUGAAGGACAUAUCGGACAAAAGAAUUAAGGAGUUUCUGAAAAGAGCAUACACCGAUCCUAACGUAAACAAAGGCAACUGUAGCGAGAAUACUCCAGAAGACGGUACCCCAUGUCCACGAUGGAUCAUGCGCGGACAGGAAGAGCAUGGUCAUAAUCUGAGGGAUUCCGAAUGUAGACAACUGGAGCAGAUGUACCGGGAAUACUUAGCUGUAGUACAACGUACCACGACCAUCAGUGGACAGUCGGUCCAUGUUAACUUUGCCCAAAUGACGGCAAGGUUAGAGGGUAGCCAGUGGGGCGUGGAACUUAUGCGCCUUCCCUAUCAGACGGUACCUUGGUUGUGAAGCUCAGUCAGUUGUUGUCAUGGUGAUGAAAACUGAGGUUUUGGUCAGUUUUCACCAAAUGCGUUCUUUAAUAAACUAUGAUCUAGCUAUAUAGAUUACCGAACACAAACGCUAAACAAAAUAUCAAUUUGCUGGAAAGGGGUGAUAACUAUAGAAAUAGUUCCGAUUUGGUGAGAUUGAAAGAUGUAAACAACGCCAUCUCACUAUUUCUUUACCUGGAUGUGUCUAUAGAAAUGGCUAACUUUUGUUUAUCAAACAGAGAGAAAAUUGUCAUCUAAAGCUUUCUACUUUGAACCUUGAAGAGAGAUUCCAUAAUGGCUAUAUGUAUUGUUUCGCUCAUAGAAAGAUACCACAUUUCUGCUCAACUUGUUAAAAUUCUUUUCUUUCUCUCUCGUCUUCCAUUCGUCGCUUUGAUUUCCUCAGUAUGUAUCCAUUUCUAUCAGACAUUGGCUUCUACUAAGGCAUAAAGAAGAAAAUCGUCGGGGUAUUCUGUCCUUUACCCGACAGGUAGAUAAUGAAAAUGAAGAACGAAUUUGUGACUGUUCUUUAGACUUUAUAUUCAUGAAUUAUCAAUCGGAAGAACCAACAGACAUACAAAUUGAUAAAACUGUUUUUACAUCAUGAACAUUUGACAUUUCAGUCAUAAUAAAAUCUGAAAUAUGCAUUACACCAGAUCGUUUACAUUAGGGUAAUAUCAUAUAUGUUACUUGCAUUAUAAACCUGAUCGAAGGAAGAAAACUUCAACAGAAGGAUCGAUUUGUUGACCUCUUUAAUUAUAAGAGUUUGUCUUACACCUGGAAUAAAAUAUACAAAAUGUGUUCCAUCAAAUUAAGUCCGAACUUCCAUUAAAUAGUAUGGGACGAUACAAAAUACUGACAUAUUGACCUACUUCGGCGAAAUUAGGUCACUACCACAAUAAUGUAAACAGUCAAUGAAUCUUUAAACUAAAAUUUAAAGUUCAAUCUUACAUGAUAAUGGUGACUAGUAUCAUUAUUUGUUUGUAAUUAUGAAAUAGUAUCUCCAAUUAAAGAUGUAUAUAUUCAAAACUCUUAUUGUACAUACCCUAAUCUGCCAAAGGUGAAAGGUUAAGUUUAGCUGCGCAUUGUUCUUGUGCUCUCAAAUGUUUUAAGUCCGUCGAGAGACUUGAACAAAUUAUAAGGAGUAUAUAUGAUUUGUUUCGUUCGGCAAUUUGUAAAAUUGCUUUUUAUGUGCCAUCUUGUAAAUCAUUUGGGUCUGAUCAUGAUUGGAUGAACAAUGAAAAUCUUAAAUCUAGAUCUAUACCGCAUGAGUACAGAUACUAUUGACUUCACUAUAAAUAAUGAUGUACCUGUUUAUAACUAACAUGUAAAAAUGAUAUAUAAAAUCGCAACGUACUCGUACAUUGUAAAUUAAAAUUUCGCACAUUAGAAAAAUUAGGUUAAUUCCAACUCGGCCAACAUUUUGGUUUUGUAGAAAUAUCAUAACUUGAGUUUACCGAGACAAACUUUUAGUAAAGUUUACUUCAAGAUAACCAAAUAUAGGUCCAUUUACAGUCAAUGAAAACUAGAUACAUCAUAUAAAUGUUGCGUGUCUCAUGUAAGGAUGUUUAUCAAUUUAAUUUGUUAUCAUUGUCUGGUGUGUAUUUUUAUUAGAUUUGAAACUACUGACCCUGUUUAUCAUAGUUAUAUGAACUUAUUAAUUAUGUAUGUACUAUUUUGCUCGUUUUAUUAUUAUUUUUUUAAUUUAUUUUCGUUGUUAUAAAAUCAGGAUCCCGAGACCUGGAUAAUGCGGUUCUAACAACACCGAUGUAGUAUCGUAACAGAUGGCCUUUCAUGUUAUUUUAUGUGAUAUGUUUUGAAAUGAUAGAAAAAGAUAAUUUCAUAUUGACAACAUGUUGUGAAUAGAGAUUAUAGUUGAUGAUGUUUGGAUUAUAAUGUUAUGGAGUUAAUUUAAUUAUUAUUUGUGUAGAUUCCUGGACCCAGAUUAUUUUCGUCAUUUCGGUGUAUUCACAGUUGUUCAAUAGCUUUGUGUUAAUGUAAAGGUUCAAUUUGCGUUUAAGAAGCGCUCUUAGUCUUGAUUAAUUUCACAUUUGUCUUUACGAAAGUGUGUGAUUUAUACAAUCUUCACUCACCUGUACAUGCUCUGUGUAACAUGUUCAUAUGUAUUGCUAUUGUAUUUAAUAUCUAAUGAACCUAAAGCUUACACAAUAAACUAUUCGAAAUGGAAAA